AUGGGCACGCAAAGAGGGGCGCUCGUCGUCUUCGAAGGCCUCGACCGCUCCGGCAAAUCUACCCAAUGUCAGCGCUUAGUCGACGUGCUCAGGGCGAAUGGCGAGGAGGUGCAUCAUAUGCGGUUUCCAAACAGAUCGUCACCCAUUGGGCAGAUGAUCAACAGCUAUCUCAGCGGCCAGGCACAACAAGAUGAUCACGCCAUCCACUUACUCUUCUCCGCGAACCGCUGGGAAUCCGUCAGAGAGCUCGAAGAGCGCAUCAACGCGGGAGCAACGGUGAUUGUCGACAGAUACUACUACUCUGGUUGCGUCUACUCCGCGGCCAAACACAUCCCAUCUAUGGAUCUGGAGUGGUGUCGAAGCCCCGAUGUCGGCCUCCCGCGACCAGAUGUCUGCAUCUUCCUGGACAUCUCGGCGGAGGAGCAGGCCAAACGCGGGGGAUUCGGCGAGGAGCGAUACGAGAAGCGCGAGCUGCAGGAUCGCGUGAGGGAGUGCUACCACGAAAUGCGCAAACACCCGGACGAGCACGCGGACAUGGUCAUCGUCGAUGCUGGCCGAGGCAUGGAAGAAGUGGAGCAGGAGAUUGCGGAGGUGGUGAGGCGUGUGCGAAAGAACGUUGAGGGAGGCGAAUCUCGAUUGCGCACAGUGCAGCGGUGGUGA